AUGCAACUUAGUUCAACGGCCCAUAUGCAUUCUGAUGAGAUCAGACGGUCCAGGAGAACUGUAUAUUGCCCCUCUCACGGAUUUCGAUGUUUCGCUUUCGGACCAAACGUGGGCCCCACAUCGUACUGUGUCCUCAGUGCUGGCUCCUCACAAAGGCGGGAACCAGUUUUUUGUCGCAGAGCACCUAAAUCCAAUGACAUUGUGCAGUUUCUGAGGAGCGUUUUUUUUGUGUCUGUUCUAGUUGCUGUUAUUGUUGUUGUGGUUCAAUGGGGUUGUGGUUUAUUUUUGGUUUUUCUUUUGGAGGUUCAAAUUCUUGUUCUGAUUCUUGAGAAGGUGGAAAAUUUGUUGAGGAAGAUGCUUAUGCUUAUUCUUGUGCUCGUCCUUGAACUUUAUUUAACCCAUUUUAGCAUCAAGUAUAAAAAGUUGUUCUUGGACUUGUUUCCAAGUGUUGAGGUGAUGGGGGGUUUGAGCAUGCACAUCCCUUCUUCUCUUGCUAGGGAAUUGUUGGCAAUUCAGCCACUUUUUAUUCUCUUCCUGUUCAGCUUGCACCACAACACUGUGCAGUGUCAAGGAAGGUUGAGUAAGCAUGUUUCUUCAGAGCCUCCCUCCCCUUCCAGGCCGUCAUCACCAUCAUCAUCAGCUUACAAGGAUGACCCCAGGAUGAUCAUUUUGAGCAUGGUUUUAGGAGCAGCCACUGGAUUAGUUUGUUCUGUUCUCUUUGCACUUGUGGUCCGUUGUGUGGUGCAGUACCUGAACCGCACACCAAUCCUCAAGGGACCUGUCAUAUUCUCCCCCAAAAUUGCCCCCAAGACACUCCAAUCAGCUUUGGCGAAGGAAAACCACUUACUUGGCUCGAGUCCUAAUGGGAAAUACUACAAAACUGUGCUUGACAAUGGACUCACUAUUGCAGUGAAAAGGCUAACACCCUUUGAGAGCAACUCUCCAGAGGCUAAGAGAAAAUCAGUGAAGAGGCAGAUACAAACGGAGCUAGAGCUUCUUGCAAGCUUAAGACACAGGAACUUGAUGAGUUUGAGGGCCUAUGUUCGUGAGCCUGAUGGUUUCUCAUUGGUUUAUGAUUAUGUGUCCACUGGGAGUCUUGCUGAUGUGAUGAAUAGAGUGUGGGAGAAUGAGUUGCCCUUUGGUUGGGAAGUUAGGCUCAGGAUUGCUGUCGGUGUGGUGAAGGGUCUUCAGUAUCUUCACUUCACUUGUGUGCCUCAGACUCUGCACUACAACUUGAAGCCCACAAAUGUGAUGCUGGAUGGUGAGUUUGAACCCAGAUUAGCAGACUAUGGCUUGGCCAAACUUCUACCUAACUUGGAUAGAGGAACUUCUCUCUACACACCUCCAGAAUGUUUCCAUAAUUGCAGCAGGUACACUGAUAAAAGUGACAUCUUCAGUUUUGGCAUGAUACUAGGUGUUUUGUUAACGGGUAAGGACCCUACAGAUCCAUUCUUUGGGGAAGCAGCCAGUGGGGGAAGUUUGGGGUGUUGGCUGAGACAUUUGCAGCAAGCGGGGGAGGCGCGUGAGGCCCUAGAUAAGAGCAUGUUAGGGGAAGAAGGGGAGGAAGAUGAGAUGCUAAUGGCUGUUAGGAUUGCUGCUGCAUGCCUCUCUGAUAUGCCUGCAGAUAGACCCUCUAGUGACGAGCUAGUUCACAUGCUAACGCAACUGCACAGUUUUUGA